CCUGAGGCCAGCACUCAGGUGUGGGAGACGAGACAGUUCACCUUCUCCCAGCGUGGCGUCAGCUCGGCCUCCCUCGCUCUCUCCCACACACCUGCCUCCCACUAUCACCAGAGGCCAGAAACAACACUGAAAUGUUGUGUGUUUUACACUAAUCAUCCUGUAGGUGCUCGCGUUUAAGCAAAGUGUUGGGUAGGUGAGUGCCAACAACCGCUCCAGGGCCCAGGAGAGUGCCAACAACCGCUCCAGGGGCCAGGAGAGUGCCAACAACCGCUCCAGGGACCAGGAGAGUGCCAACAACCGCUCCAGGGACCAGGAGAGUGCCAACAACCGCUCCAGGGACCAGGAGAGUGCCAACAACCACUCCAGGGACCAGGAGAGUGCCAACAACCGCUCCAGGGACCAGGAGAGUGCCAGCAACCGCUCCAGGGACCAAGGGAGUGACAACAACCGCUCCAGGGACCAGGAGAGUGCCAAUAACCACCCACAGGGACCAGGAGAGUGCCAACAACCGCUCCAGGGACCAGGAGAGUGCCAACAACCACCCCAGGGACCAGGAGAGUGCCAACAACCCCUCCAGGGACCAGGAGAGUGCCAACAACCGCUCCAGGGACCAGGAGAGUGACAACAACCGCUCCAGGGACCAGGAGAGUGCCAACAACCACCCCAGGGACCAGGAGUGCCAACAACCACUCCAGGGGCCAGGAGAGUGCCAACAACCGCCCCAGGGGCCAGGAGAGUGCCAACAACCGCCCCAGGGGCCAGGAGAGUGCCAACAACCGCUCCAGGGACCAGGAGAGUGCCAACAACCACCCCAGGGACCAGGAGAGUGCCAACAACCCCUCCAGGGACCAGGAGAGUGCCAACAACCGCUCCAGGGACCAGGAGAGUGCCAACAACCGCUCCAGGGACCAGGAGAGUGCCAACAACCGCUCCAGGGACCAGGAGAGUGCCAACAACCGCUCCAGGGACCAGGAGAGUGACAACAACCGCUCCAGGGACCAGGAGAGUGCCAACAACCACCCACAGGGGCCAGGAGAGUGCCAAAAACCGCUCCAGGGACCAGAAGAGUGCCAACAACCACCCCAGGGACCAGGAGAGUGCCAACAACCCCUCCAGGGACCAGGAGAGUGCCAACAACCACCCCAGGGACCAGGAGAGUGCCAACAACCACCCCCAGGGACCAGGAGAGUGCCAACAACCGCUCCAGGGACCAGGAGAGUGCCAACAAUCGUUCCAGGGACCAGGAGAGUGCCAAUAACCACUCCAGGGACCAGGAGAGUGCCAACAACCACCCCAGGAACCAGGAGAGUGCCAACAACCCCUCCAGGAACCAGGAGAGUGCCAACAACCCCUCCAGGGACCAGGAGAGUGCCAACAACCCCUCCAGGGACCAGGAGAGUGCCAACAACCCCUCCAGGGACCAGGAGAGUGCCAACAACCACUCCAGGGGCCAGAAGAGUGCCAACAACCACCCCCAGGGGCCAGGAGAGGGCCAACAACCACCCCCAGGGACCAGGAGAGUGCCAACAACCACACCAGGGAUUAGGAGAGUGCCAACAACCACACCAGGGACCAGGAGAGUGUCAACAACCAUCCCCAGGGGCCAGGAGAGUGCCAACAACCAUCCCCAGGGACCAGGAGAGUGCCAACAACCACUCCAGGGACCAGGAGAGUGCCAACAACCACUCCAGGGACCAGGAGAGUGCCAACAACCACCCCAGGUACCAGGAGAGUGCCAACAACCACCCCAGGGUACCAGGAGAGUGCCAACAACCACUCCAGGGUACCAGGAGAGCGCCAACAACCACACCAGGGACCAGGAGAGUGCCAACAACCGCUCCAGGGUACCAGGAGAGUGCCAACAACCACCCCCAGGGGCCAGGAGAGUGCCAACAACACGGACCAGGAGAGUGAUGGCCGAGGAAGGGCCGGUCACCUACAGGGCGGAGACCCACAGACACUAUUUCUUCCUGAACGAGAACAGCUUCACCCUUCUCAGGCCAGACAACGCAGAGUUACUACGAGGUCCGCGUCGCGUGGUGCGGCUGUGCGUGUUCGCGCUGGUGCUGCCGGCGCUGCUCAUCACUAUACCCUUGUACGUGCGUCUGGUCCUCUACCCUCCGGGGCACUACCCCAUGGUGCCCACUGACCAGCGGCUCCUUAGUCGUCACGUCUCCAGUGUCUGGUGCCAGUCGCAGACGACUCACAUGAACGGCAGUCACAGCACUUUCCUCAGCUCUGGCGACCCUGCCACCUGCGCUAACCGCUCUACAUACUACAUGCUUCACUCCAUCACCCUCCAGGACGACGUCAAGGAGUACUGGGGCUUCCAUCUUCUCAAAGGCUCUAAAGUCACCGUCUCCGCUUGCUCCAGCACGAAUGGCGCGCAGCUCAUGAUCUUGAGGGGCGUGGAGAACCUCCGGCGAUGUGCCUGGAUCGGCGAAGAAGACUCGGCCGAGGAAGUAAUGAUACAGGACGUUGAAGAUCACGCAGGGGACAGCGAGACUCAGCACGGCGCACACGUCGACGGCCAGAACCGGCAGGAUCAACAACCGGACCUCACGGAAGCUCAAGACGAACUCCCGCCCGAAGGAGAUGAUACUGAGGACACUGGGUUACAGACUAUUGAAACCGAUAUCCUAAAUUUUAAGGAUCACUCAGAGGAGAGACGUCAGGACUUGCAUGAGCUCCUUCGACAAGCUGUGAAGAUGAGCAAGAGCAAGAAAGAAAUCUUGCGAAUUCUUCACACAGUCGGACGAGGAAGAAGCCAGAAGCUGCCAGAGAGAAUCAGACACAUGAUGGGACUUAACUCAGACGAAGUCUUACCUCCCUCAUCGGCCGAGACCCCUCAAGGAACAGCUGCAGGAGGAAGUCAAAACAAAACAGGCGAGGCAAAAACGUUAUUAAAAAGAAGCGUUCGUGAAUUGAAGCCAACUGAAGACUAUGAUGGCGCCUUUGAAAUAUUUGAUGACGUCGAAGAGGACUCCACCAUAACCAAACAUGGCAGAAACAAGUUCAAUUCCAAGUCGAAGAAUCCGUAUGACUCAGUCGAGAAAAUGGUUGGAGGACAGAUCUUUUUCCCAGAGGGGUUGAAAUUUGAGCGCGGGAAGUUUAACCAGACCACUUACAUGGAUGGUUCGAACGAGGAGGAAGUCUCCUCGUUCUCCAGCAGCGAAGAGGCCCUGGCCAGCUGCGAGGGAGUCAUCAUGGCCCUGCCCCUCGUGGCCUACCGCAGCUGUAGUUACCGCUGGACCGAGACCAACAAGGUAGUCUACGACAUACCCAUCACCGGAACCUACUACUUUGUCUUCUCCAGCGACAACGAGAUUUCCGCCAAUAACCUGUUCUUCAACGUGACGCUCGAGCGAGUAGAGUACGACACGCGGGAGUCUCAACGAGUCUGUACGAACACCACGGACUGUCUAGUCCCCUUGGCCUUCUGGUCGAACGAGGAGACGCUGGUGACAGUGGCCCAGGAAGAUAGGUGGGACCGUUCGUACAUGCUGGACACGACCUGUAAUCCCAGAGUGCCUGUCUACCUCACCUUCCUCCUCCUGGCGCCGUUACUCAUACUCUUCUGUGCCUUUCAGUAGCCCCCAACUGGACAGAUGGUAAACUCCUCUGUAACGGUGCUCUGCAGUGUACUGUAGACGGUAAUGAGCUCAGAAGUGUACAUUGUUUACCCAGGUGGUCCCUGGGGUAUACCCAAUAAUGUGCACAGCUCUGACAGGACCAUGCCCUCCCCCACCGAUGCUCAAUACCACACACAGGAUUGAGAACAACAAUGUUAUGGUCUGACGCAAAACUAACAACAGAUACAUAUCUCGCAGUGUUGCAAAACGUUUUAACAAAUGUUAAAUUAAUUAAAAAAAAUGUAUGUGUAUUGUAAUACUAGAAACAGAGCUAAUCAUUAUUAACAUUCUACAUAAGUGAAAUUAUGUUGUAGUAAUGUGACUUCUGUAUAUUGUAUUAAUAAAGGAAAAAAAAUGAAUAUACAGUAUUGACAAUUACGAUAACAGAGGGCCUAGACAAAUAUGUAUUCUGAGGCCAUAUGUGUAUACUGUAUACGUAUGGCUGCCAUGCAGAUGUACAGGAGAGAGGUGGUGUACAGGCAGGUGUACAGGAUAGUGUAGCGAAGCUGUUCAGUACAGGUGGUGGAGAGUGUUGCAGUGUUACAGUGUGUGAAAGAAGUAAGGUUACAGUGUACGUAUAUGUGCUACGUACUAUGGACAUACAUAUACACAACAAACGUUGUAACCACAUGUAUAGUAAACAUAUGGAUAUAUAUAUAUAUAUAUAUAUAUAUAUAUAUAUAUAUAUAUAUAUAUAUAUAUAUAUAUAUAUAUAUAUAUAUAUAUAUAUAUAUAUAUAUAUAUAUAUAUAUAUUCUAUCUUCUUGUUUACAAAGACAUUGCCGUCCAUUGUAUCCUUUGUAUGUUAAAAUCUAUUUUGUAUAGUGACGUGAUUAUGUAUCCUGAAGCCCCACGACCAUACACGUACCCUCGUGUAUGAUACUUGGCCAUACAUGGGUGUAUAUAUAUACAUCCUCCAGUGACGACACACCAUACACACCUGGGGCCAGAUUCACGAAGCAGUUACACAAGUACUUACGAACGUGUACAUCUUUCCUCAAUCUUUGACGGCUUUGUU